AAACCCUUGUGGAUGGCAGUGAGAUUACGUAUGACAAAACGGUGGGCUUCACACUGUACAGCCCAACUCCACGGAACAAUGGAGGUCACAUGUGCAAGGCUACUGUCGGGAACAAGACUGUGGAAUCACAAACUUUCUACCUGUUUGUCUUUGGUGAGGCCCAGAUGCCGUACCCAAAGCUGACCACCAACAGUCCUCUGGUGACCGUAGGAGAGAGGUUCAAGCUGAAAUGUGAAGUUCGCGGCCCGCUGGACGGACUUCUGCACUUCAACUGGUCACUGCCUGGAGCUGAUGUUAUCGGAGGCCGUAUCAUCCAGAAUGACAGUAAGAAAGAAGAGGACUCGGGAAUAGAGCAUUACAUGCUGUUCACCAGCGUGCUGACUGUCCACGAGGCAGCCGUAGCCGAUGGUGGGGAGUAUGUCUGCCACGCUCGCAACCGCGCUGGGGCUGCCGACGCCAAGACUCGUGUCAACGUCUUGGAGGAUGGCUUUAUACACCUUGAAUGUGCUGAUGGCAACACUACGCAUGCCAUGGUGGGUACCAGUCACAAGAUCAUCUGCAGCGUCAACGCUUACCCUGAGCAAGUGAAUCUUACCUGGUACAAGGACGGCCUCAAAAUCAACAAGAGCGACAAUAACUUCCCCAUCAAAGUUCGUGGCGCGCGCCUCACUAUCCACAACGUGGCCCUGGAGCAUGCUGGGAUAUACACACUUGAGGCCAGCAACAGAGAUAUUACUGUCAGCAGCAGUGUACAACUGUUUACCUACGUGAAGCCUGCUGUACAGAUUGAGAAGAGUUCAGAUUUCCAGAAUGUGGGUGAGAAAGCCGUCCUGACCUGUACGAGCAAGGGACUGCCAGAGCCAAGGUGCAACUGGUUCUGGAAACCCUGCGGAAGCGAGAAUCCACUCAGGUGCGAGCCUUCGACGCAGGUAGCCUGGAGAGUGUUCCCGUUUAGGGACCAUCCCAACGAUCCACUUCAACUGCAGAAGGAAGUGUCAACCGAUGCAGACGGCACCAAGGUCUACUCCAGCCACCUCAUGUUGACCAACCCCACACAGAACGGCUUCUACAGGUGCACCACAGAAAACAGAUAUGGCAGGAGUGGAGCGAUGACGGAGUUUCUAGUCACUGACGUCCCACAUGGCUUCGGUGUGGAGUUUUCUACGCUGGACAGGAUAGAAGGCGACGAUAACGUCACGUUCAGUUGUCAGGCCAACAAGUUCAAGUUCACGAGUCCCACCUGGCACCGCGUAGACGCAGACAACGUGAUGAAAGCCGUGCCCACCUCAGCGCUCAGGACGGAACGUACGCCGUACUCCAACCGACUGGUUCUCACGCUGCGCCGUGCGGAGCUAGAGGAUGCUGGGAAGUACGUGUGCAUGGCCGAGAGUCGGGAGGUCGGAGGUCAGCUCAUGAAGGCCGAGACUCUCCUAAACGUUCAAGCAAUGGUUCCACCCACCAUGACAGCGGGAUUAUGGGACCGCAUCGUGGACGCCUCCAACACGACCUCCAUGUCGCUGACCUGCAGGUCGGAGGGCGUGCCCUCCCCGGAGAUCCGCUGGUUCCACGAGGGGUCGGAGGUCACCGAUGAUGUGGCCGGGAUUCGGCUGGAGGCGGGCGGCGAGCGACUUGUGGUGGAGCGGCUCUCUGCAAAGGAUGCUGGGAUAUAUACCUGCACUGCUGUGAACAGAGCUGGACGCACCUCCAGCAAUGGAACAGUUACUAUCGAAGGUUUACCCUCGGCUGUACAAGGGUUAAUGAGCACCGAGCAGAAAGUCCUGCUGGGCUGUCUGAUGGUGGUGCUGGCUGUGGUCUGUGCUGUUGUCGUGCUGCUGGUCUGGAAACUCCACAGGAGGAGGAAGCUGUAUCAGUACAUCUACAAGCUGGACCCAGACCUGCCCAUCGACGAGCAGACAGAACUGCUGCCCUACAACAGCAAGUGGGAGUUCUCACGCGAGAGGAUGAAGAUAGGUAAAACUUUGGGCCGAGGCGCAUUUGGACAAGUGAUGGAGGCGACAGCCUUCGGCAUUGAGAAGGACAAACAGUGCAGCACUGUGGCAGUCAAGAUGCUGAAGGAUGACGCGUCAUCCAAUGAGGUGAAAGCUCUCAUGGACGAGCUGAAGAUCCUGAUCCACAUCGGCCAGCACCUGAACAUAGUCAACCUGCUGGGUGCCUGCACAAAGGACGGCCCUCUCUAUGUGAUUGUGGAGUGCUGUAAGUACGGGAACCUUUCCAACUACCUGCGAGGGAAGCGGAAGGGCUUCGUGGAGUCGAAGGAUCAGCGGGACCGGUCCAGCUCCUCCGGGUACGACAACUGUCGCUACGUCGACAGCCCCAACGGGAAAUGUCUCAGGACGAUCAGCAAGGAAGGUCUGAUGAACUAUGACUACACCUGUGAUGAUGGAGAACCCCUGACUCUGGAGGACCUCGUGUCUUACUCCUACCAGGUGGCUCGCGGCAUGGAGUACCUCGCCUCCAAGAAGUGUAUCCACCGUGACCUGGCCGCCCGUAACGUCCUGCUGGCCAAACACAACGUGGUGAAGAUCUGUGACUUUGGUCUCGCCCGCAACGUCUACUCCAAUCCUGAGUAUGUCAAGAUGGGAAAUGCCCCCCUUCCUGUGAAAUGGAUGGCUCCGGAAUCCAUCUUCGACAGAAGUUACACCAUCCAGAGUGACGUGUGGUCCUACGGAGUGCUGCUGUGGGAGAUCUUUGAACUUGGUGGCUCCCCGUACCCUGGUGUUCAGAUCAACGAGGAUUUCUUUGACAAGCUUCGUCAGGGAUUCCGUAUGAGACAGCCCAAACAUGCUUCUGAUGACCUGUACCAGAUGAUGCUGGCCUGUUGGAGAAUGGAGCCCACCGAGCGGCCGACCUUCACUGACCUUGCCGAAACCAUGAGCAACCAGCUGGAGGCAACAGCUGAACAGGAGUACCUUGACCUUUCACCUGAGAUCCAUGACGACGAGGAUUCUGGGAUACCGAGCUCGCCCACGGAGGCGGACAGCUUCCUGCCGACCUUCCCCGCGGACAUCGAGGCAGCGGCACGACAAACAUCCCGUCCCGCCAGCGGUAACUACGACAACAGUAACUACGACAACAGCCGGCCUGAGAGACACUCGUAUGGAGACAUUGUGGAUGAGGAGGAGGCUGUGAAGAUUCUGAUGGACCAUCCCGGGCAGCGGGCGAGCUACCAUAGCGAUCCCAAGGCCCUGGUAUCCAACAGCGUGAGUCUGGGCAUGCGGAAAGGCCAGGGCAGCAGCAAGAGCAACGAUUCGGUGUCGUCCAGCGGGUCCCAUAAUUCCAGCGGUUUCCACUCCUACGAUGAAGCACCACCAGACUACAACACCGUCGUCACGACUGAUGUUUAAGAAUAAAAAAUGGAGGCAAACUUCCUUGUUACGUACAGGCUGUACAUUGAUAGCAUCUACCAGGCUUCGGGAGGCGACUGGAAAGAGUCAUUAAGAAGAAGAAAUUAGCCAAAUAGAGAGAUAACAUACCAUGGG